AUGUCCACUGGAGAUAAGUCCAAGGCUGCUUCCCAGACCGAUGGGAAGGCUGCCCAGAGCAAGAAGUCCGAGAUGGGAAUGAUGGCUUACAAGAUGUACGUGUUCGACCAGGAGAACUUCCAGGGUCGCAUGAUCGAGAUCAGCAACGAGUGCAUGAAUGUGUGUGAGAUGGGCAUGGACCGCGUGCGCUCUCUGCGCGUUGAGUGUGGACCCUUUGUGGGCUUUGAGCAGAUGAACUUCUGUGGUGAGAUGUACAUCCUGGAGAAGGGAGAGUAUCCUCGCUGGGACUCUUGGAGCAACUGCCAGAAGAACGACUACCUGCUGUCCUUCAGGCCCGUCAGGAUGGAUCCCGAGAAGCACAAGAUCUGCCUGUACGAGGUCGGAGAGUUCAAGGGCCGCAAGAUGGAGAUCAUGGACGAUGACGUUCCCAGCCUGUUCUCCUACGGCUUCACUGACAGAGUGGGCAGCAUCAUUGUCAGCUGUGGAACCUUUGUGGGAUACCAGUUCCCUGGAUACCGUGGUAGCCAGUACCUGCUGGAGAAGGGCGACUACAGGCACUUCAACGAGUACGGUGCCCGCCAUCCUCAGUUCCAGUCCGUGAGGCGUAUCCGUGACAUGCAGUGGCACCAACAGGGCUGCUACACCAUGGCCAGCAAGUGAGGCUUAGGGAAGGAGAGAAAGAGAAAGAGCACAAGCGAGGGAGAGGGGCGGAGGAAGAGGGAAAGGGGGAGAGAUGUCUGAGGCCUUACCUCAAUACCUUACAGGGUCUAUGAUCUGACACAGCGAGGGGAAGGGGUGAGGACCUAGAUGCACCUCUGAUCUGAGGCAACACCUCAGUGGAAGGACCAGUUGGAGCAGAAAUCCAGACAGCCCUCCAUUCCUCUCUGUCUCUACUUUUCUCUUUCUCCCCUAUGGUCUGACCUUCGUCCCCACCCCACCCCCUCUACCCCCCCUUUCCCCCUUCUUCCUUUUUUUUUUGUCCCUCACUUCCUUCCCCUCUGAAGUCCUUUGCAAAGAGGGCACAAGACAUCUCUUGCUGUUUUACACACCAUUCUUGGCUCAGGGUAUGAUGCACCAUGAGAAACUGAGUUUCCAGAGCCCCCUGCCCCCGACUUCCCACCCCUGUGCACUGCACACCCUCUCUGCUGUACAGAAUCCUGGCCAAGUUUUCAAUAAAAAGAAAAAUCUUGAUUUCAAACAUGUUGUCUUGGUUACUUAUUAGGCCUACUGCAAACGCUGAAAAAGAAACUGAAAAUCACUUAACCCUCCUGGGAAACGCCUGAAUCAAAUGGUCAUGGUCAUUCAUUAGAAAAAAAAAAAUUGAACUUUUGAGAAAGCUUGCCAGACUGGAAUUUUGGGAAAGAGAUGAAGAAAUUAAAGUCAUAUCAAUGCUGCUCUCACUAUCAGAUCUUCCCACAGCAUACUGAAUGUGAGCCCAUAAUUCAACCGAAAAUACUAUGGACCAACAUGUUCCUUUCAUUUGACUUUUUUGAUUGAAAUGUAUUUGUGAAAAUAACCUCUUACAAUUCAAACAAAUAAUGCUAUCCUGUCACCUUUGCCAAUAGGGAUUUCUCAUACCAAACUUUGCGUUGUCAGCAGUAGGGCUGCACACUGCAAAUGCGGUGCGUGGGGGCGGAAAAAAAGCACAAAGAGCACAGUGAGUAAAGCAGCUGUGAUGCCGGGGAACAGCUGAUAGAAAAACCAGGUUUGAUUCUUGUCUCGACCAUAACUAAUGUAGCCCACUAUAGUU